UAGUCUUAAUUUUGUCCACCAACAACUGUUGACUUGAAAAAUUAAGAUUAUGAUAAUAUCAUAAACUAAUUAAAAAUUUGUAUACAUUUAAAUUCUGUUUUUAUAGUAUUUUGUUCGAACAUUUUUUGCGUGUCAAAAUAUUGAAAAUUGUAAAUAAUCAGGUCAUUUUUUAUAUCAUUCUCUAUGUUAAAAUUGGGUAAUGGGUCUCUUAAACUCAUUAUUAAAUAUAAAAAAUUGGUUUGCUACUAAAACUGGAUUGUCUGACUCAAGAGAAAAUAACAAACGGAAAUAUGAUGAACGUGAAUCAUUAGCUAGCAAAAGAGCUCGAAUGGAUGACAGCCUUGUAGAAAUAGUUGAAAUUAGUGAUGAGUCUCUAUCUGAAACGGAAGAGGUUGAAAUCAUGGAACCUGGACCUUCCACUGUACCCCUAAGAGCUAGUCCACCAGUUUAUCUUGAUACUGUACGAUAUCAAAGAAGAACAUUAUCACCCAUUACUACAAUAGAUCUUACCAGUAGCAGUGAUGAGGAAAAGAAAGUUAAAGUUGUAAGAUCAUACAGUCUAUCAAAUCCUUCUAGAUUAUCUAGUAGGGAAGAUAAAUUGAUGGCAAAUACUAAUAAUAAAUCUAAUAUAGAAGAUAAAUAUUUACUAUCUUCUUCUUCAUCAGUUAAAGAAUUAAACAAUUGCUGUAUGGAAUCUAGUAUGUCUACAAUGCACAUUGAUAGAAUCCAUUCAAAGAAUAGUGAUGAACGUAUUUUAGGUAUGAUUUUAAACAGUUAUGUUAUUCCAAAAUCGAAGUCAGAAAUCUCUGUGUUAUCAGCAUCAAGUCAAAGAUCUCCACUUAUUUCAAGGAAACAAACUGUUUUAAAUCAACCUGUUACAUCUCAAAUUUGUGGCAAAGAAAAUUUAAAUUUUCCAGAACUGAGUUUUUAUAAAAAUAAAAUACUAGAAAAAGAAAAUUUCUAUAGUCGUGUAAUGAGAAAGUUUAAAGAAAAGCAAGCAGCUGCUGCCAUACAAAAUGAUAUAAAAAAGAAAACAUCUGAUGAUGUAUUUUUAGAAAAACUACAAUCUAUGAAUAAACUGAUUGAAAAAGUCGAACCAAAGAAAAAAAGUGAUAUUUUUCCUGGUUAUGGAAAAGAAGUUAUAGAUUUUCUUGCGCAAAAAAUGGCAGGCCCACAAAAUGAAUACAUUAUUAAAGGCAAAAAUAUAAAAAAAAGUGAUUUAAGAACAAUCUAUUCUCCAACAGCAUGGUUGAAUGAUGAAGUUAUUAACCAUUACAUGAAUAUGAUUGUGGAACGUGAUCCUAAUUCAUUGCAUUCAUUUGAUACUUUCUUUUAUACAAAAUUAUCUUCACAAGGUUAUGAAUCUGUUAGACGCUGGUCAAGAAGGAAAGACAUUUUUGCUUGUAAGAAAAUGUUCAGUCCGAUUCAUUUAGGCAAUCAUUGGUGUCUAAUAUGUAUCAAUUUUGUUGAAAAAACCAUUAAAUACUAUGAUAGUUUAGGAGGAAAAAAUCCUAAAUGCUUAAAUGUUAUGUUAUAUUAUUUAAAAGAAGAACAUAAAAAUAAAAAAAAUGUAGAACUUGACUGUAGUAAUUGGCGACUAAUGGAUGCUGAUGAUUGCCCAAAACAACGUAAUGGAUAUGAUUGUGGAGUGUUUGCAUGUAUUAAUGCAGAAUUUUUAGCUCGUGAUGCUAAACUGGAUUUCACUCAAGAAGAUAUGCCUAAAUUAAGACACAGAGUGUGUUAUGAAAUCUUAAAGAAUCGUUUAUGUUUUAAUUAAUACUUUGUAAAAUAAAAAUUAUAGAUUCAUACAACUCCUAAUUUCUAAGUAUGUAAUGUACAUUCUUUAUUUAUUAUUAAUUUUGUAUAAAAAAUUGUGUAUAAUUGACUGUAAGGAAACCAUUCCUUUUUAGAUUUCUGAUUGAAACCAGUUUACUUAAAAAUGAAUUUACAAUAUUAUGUGUAAAUAUCUUCUUUAGUGUGUUAAAAAUGUUAUGUUUCAUCAAUUGAGAGAAAAUUGUAAUUUCAAUGUUUAGAAAAUAUUGUUUAAUUAAACUUUUAUAUUGUUAUUUGAAGUAAUUUAUUUUUUGAAAGUAAUUAUAAUGAAUUUUUUCUUUUGUUAACAUAACACAUAGGUAUUAGUAUUAGGAAACGUAAUAAAAAUUAAAGUAAAUAUUUUUUUUAUGUGGUUGGACAAUUAUCAUUAGACAGGUAUGCAUAAUUAUUUUAUAUUUUCUUGUUUUAGUAUAAAAAUUAUAGAAAUAUGAAAUGGUGAACAUGAAAAUCUAAUACUAUCAUAUUUGUCUUUUAUUCUGAAACUUUUAUGUAAAUUUUAAUUACUAUUGGUCUAUUAAUUAGUUCAUUAUAACUGAGUUGAAUAUUAA